GAGCAGCCCGCCAGCGAGGCGAAUCAGGCGCUCCUCGGCGACAUCGAGCUGGAGGUCAUGGAGCUUCGAGCUAGCUUGGAGUUGAAAGGCAUCCACCGCGAUGCCAUUCAGGAGGCUUGCAAGAAGAAGCGGAAGGAGAUGCUUGAGGAGCACGACGCCAAGCGUGGUGAUGCCAAGAAGGCUGCGCGAGAUGGAGAUCCCAAGGUGCAGGAGCGGGAGAAGGAUCGCGAGAAGGAGAAGGAACUGCAGCUCCAGCGAGAAAAGGAGAAGGAGAAGGAGCGUGACAAGAAGCUGCCUGACAAGAUCAAGAAAGAGUUGUUCUGCGUUCGG